UCAGAGUGAAUCUGAAUAUUAAAAGAUUUCAGUUUUUUUUAGAUAUUUGUAAAUGGAGAAUUAAUUGAUGAACUCGAUCUUUGUUGAAUUAAGUAUCAAAUGUACACAUAGAAAAUUUUCGCUUUGGUAAUUAAUGGUAUACGCCUUUUCUAUCUUAACGCAUACUCAAGUCAUAAUGUGUGAUACCAGCAGACAAACCGUCAUAAGCACUUCAGAAUUUGGUUUAUAUUCGGAUAGAAAUUCAAAUUAUCGUGCAAAUUAUUAUGGCAAUGUGCUUAGAAAAUCCGUGAUUGGUGUUAUGGCCGUAAUUGCAGCUAUAUUAAUUGGUAUACUUCUAUAUGACUUUGCUGCUAGUACCAGUGGAGAAAAUAAAAUAAAGCAAGAGACAAAGCACGCAUUUAUUUUGCAAAAGUUUUUGAAAAGAUCCAACGGAACAUAUAAACAGAAAGAAAAUAAUUAAGUUUUAAAAUGGUAUCCUAUUACCAUUUAAUGUAAAUCUAAUUAUUCAACGAUUAAAGUCAUUUUUUUUCAAGUUGCAGAAAUUAUUCAGAUAACUUAUACUAAGUAGCUAAAUAAGUUCAAGAAAAAUUGUAAUAUGUAAUAAAACUAUAAAUCAUAAAUUUUAUUUUGAAAAAAUGAA